GUUUGAGUUUUGACCGGCGUCACCGGCAGAACAUAGGUGAAGGUAAAUCGAAGUAAUUCCUAACGUACAAAAAAUAUACUCCUUAAAUAGUUAGACACGGAGUAUAAGAGAUUCGUCGCCGAGCGAUUAUUUGCCGCCUGAGAGAGUAAGAUACAGAUGGAGGCAACUACGGCGCCGGCGGGUAUAUACAAUAAUGGAGAUCAGCAGAGAGGCGCCGGAGGGAAGUUCAAGAAGCCUUCGUCUAGGAAACCUCCUGCUAGUCCCUACGCUCGACCCCUGGCUGCACCCAUGAAUAAGUCUGGCCGCGGCGGUUGGUUAGCGAAACUCGUUGACCCGGCCUUCCGUCUGAUCUCAGGCAGCGCCACUAGGAUUAUGCCUUCAUUCUUCUCCAAUCCGCCUUCCAAUGCUCUCCCACUUCUUCCUAUCACCCAAAGCAACGAUACAGAAAAUGAGGAGUUUAUACAGAGUGCAAAGGAUGAAGAGAAGUGCAGUUCUAGUUCUGCAAUCAAAUCUACUGAAAGAAUGGAUGCCAAUAAAGUUUCAGAGCAAGAGAAAGGAAUGUGUGAAGAUGGAAAGCUGGGGCAAGAUAUGCUGAAGAGCUCUCCUGAUGAUUCCAAGAUUUCCAGAAUUGAGCAGCUAUUGAAAGGGAAAUCAUUUUCUAGGGAAGAAAUAGUCCGUUUGACUGAACUUUUGAAAUCGAAGGCUACUGAAGAUCUAGAAGAGGGUGAACCAAGCAUGACGAUAUCAGGAAGGGACACUAAAGGAGUUCUUUUGUUGCGUGCCACACCAAAAAAAUCAACUGAAAGAAGACAGGAAGUUGUGAACAGAGCUCAAUUUGGACCAUUGACACCUCUGCCCCAAACAAAUGUGCAAGAUGAAAUUGGUGCAUCACCCAUUGAUGUUGCGAGAGCAUUUAUGGGAAGCCGAAUGUCAGAUCAAAGCCCUAGCCAUCGUAGUUUUCUUACCAAGGGUGAACGGGACCCAGAAAAUGCAUAUCAAUCAUUUUUUCCAUCACCUUUACCUAAACCUUCCCCAUGUUGGCCCACCAUGGUGUCAGACCAUCAUCAGGGCCUUACUACUCCACAGAAUCAGAGAAGCAGAUAUGGCCUCCAUGACUUUCCUAGGACUCCAUAUUCUAGAACUUUACUAUCAAAAUCUAGAACCAAUAGCAGGUGCCUUGACCUUUCUGUAAAGUCUUCUCAACAAUCUCCCAUGUCAACUUGUGGGCAGGAAAGGGCAAAGUCUGACAUGUUUGACCACAGUUAUGGAUCAGUUGGACCUAUCAGGAGAUCACGCAAUAAGCUAGGUUCAGAUUCCCAGUCCAGGAAAUCUAUUUUCUUGAAUCCUUCUAAAGCUGCUUCAGAAAUCGAAAAAUCACUUGUUCCUAAAACAUUCUUACCUUCUCUGGGAAAGAAUAAGGAAGCCAGUCGCCAACUUGAUGAUACUUCAAAGGCUGGGCCAAAUGAGGCAUGUAGAAUAAUACUAGAGCACAUUAACAGGCACAAGCCAACGCCUAAAGAGAAGGCAUAUGAACUGAAUCUGGCUACUUCUUAUGCAAGGCCAACUGAGAGUUCCGAACUUUCACAUUCUCAAAUCCUAAACACGACUGAGUCAGUGACAACAAACUCUUUGAAGGACAAAAAUAGCGAGGAUGGGAUCCUCCAGAGGAAUUCCUUUGAAAAUAGUUUAGGUGUAUCUAAUUCCAAUGGGGGGCCUCCAUUGUUCUCAAAGGCUGAAUCACAAACGAAUAUUUUCUCUCCUCCUACUAGUGGUCCGAGUUCGUACCAGAAUUCACUAGAAACAAACAUUGUGCCAAGAGGGACCCCACAAAAUUGGUCUUUUCAACAACAGAGUAAUGGCCAGAACGUCUCCACCAAGCCAGAGAAUAAAUUACCAGCACCUGCUUCAGGAACGAAACCCACUUUGCUGGCCAUCAGUAUAAGCAAGCCCGACCAUAGACACAGCGUCAUUUCAGAUAAUACACCCACUGGAUUCACCUUUCCCGUUCCUGCCUCAAACGGUGCGCUCUCUGAACCGCCGCCGACACCCUCGAUGCCAUCAUCAGCUGCAAAGAUUGUGCCAUGUCUGGAUGAGCCGUCCGGUGACAUUCCUUGUUACAGCUUUGGCACAGAAAAAUCCUCGCGGAGACUUGUUUUCUCUUUCCCAUCUACGGAUGCUUCUGUCCCUGCAGAUGCACCUGAUAUUAAGUUCAACUUUGGGCAGAUGGAUGGGAAGAGGAGGUUCUGUUUUAGUACUGUAGGUAAAGCUGUUUGUUAGAAUUUCACUUUUUUCUUUUCUUCAGUUAACCUGAUAUACUAGGUGUCUUGCUUUUCAUUUCUUUCUAUGGUCAAUAAUUCUUGUACAAUAGUGCAACCAUUAAAUGCAUUGUUCUGUAUGUCCUUUUUUUAGAAAUGUCUCCAGUGGUUGUAAAUUUGUCCAUUCACGUUACUAGUUAUAGCUGAACUCAAUCCAUUUAUAUUGAAGUACGAUAGUAUAUAUAUUGAAUUGGUGGUUUUUAUAGGAUAACUAGUACGGUACAUUUA